GCCAGCACGUUGCUGCUGGCGCUGGCCGUCCGGGGAGCACCGUACACCGACGAUCAACGAUACAGACCGGACUACUACAGUGGACCGAACCUGUCACCGGAGGAGAUGGUCAGCUACAGUGCCCGGCAGGACGAUUUGCUGUCCUUUUUGCCGGACCAGGAUGAUCUGUUGGCCAACCGGCUCGGGACCGUGAUCGGGGCGUUCGGUAACACCCUGUCCCAGCUGUUCUUCGGCACCAAUGACGUCAGCACGGACGUGACGUUCUGGUGCGCCACCACCAAUCAACCGGAGUACGUGCAGGCGUACGUGGACGAUCCGCGGAUCGCCGAGAAGCUGGACCCCGCGAAGCCGCUCCUGAUGCUGACGCACGGCUGGACGGACAACGUGAACCGGACGUGGGUCCGGCAAACCGUCACCGACUACGUCCGGCUGAUCGGUGGCAACAUCUGUGCGGUCGACUGGAGCCCGCUAGCGCUGGUCGAGUACAAUCUGGCCGCUCGGAACACACCGAAGGUGGGCCGGUACGUCGGCAAGUUCGUACAGUCGCUGGUGACGCGCGCCGGUUUCGACCUUAACCAGGUGACACUUGUCGGUCACAGUAUGGGGGCGCACAUUAGUGGUAUUGCGGGGGCGUACCUGGGCGGCCGGAUACCGCACAUUAUCGGGCUCGAUCCGGCCGGACCGGGCUUCACCAAACCGAUACCGGUGUCGACGGAUCGGCGGCUCGAUCGGACCGAUGCCCGGUUCGUGCAGGCGAUCCACACGGACAAGAACAUCAUCGGUACGACGAUGAACCUCGGACACGAGGAUUACUACGCCAACAGUGGGGCCAGCCCGCAGCCCGGCUGCGAGUUCCCGCUCGUCAACAACGACACCACCAAAGCCUACCUGCAGUUCAUCUGCAGCCACUUCAAGGCGGUCGAGUACUUCCGGGCGUCGCUCGAUCGCCAGAACGUGUUCGAGGGUACCGCCUGUGCGUCCUACUACAGCUUCAAGCGGAACGACUGCGGCCCGGGCGGCAUCCGGGACGAUUUCGGGCUGUUCAGCGGCCAGCGGGCGUCCGGUGCGCUGUACGUCGCGAUCGACAAGACGGUCUACCCGUACGCCCGGACCAUCUCGAGGGCGGUGCGCAAAUAA